CAAAGUAAUUAUUUAUUUAUUUGUUAAUAAUGACGAAUGUAAAUGCGGAGUGAAGGGAAGGGGAUCAAGAAAAACACAGAAAUGAUAGAUCGCAUACCGGAAUCGAGACGUCGACACCGAUGCUUUGGUACUGGAAUUGAUGCGUGGGGGCUUAUCGGUGGGAUGGGAAUUUGGGGGAUAGGGGGGGCCGGGGGAAGCGAGAUACCUAGGGGGAUGGUUAUGGGUAUUUGGAGGGAGGGAGAGGUAAGAGGUCGCGAUAUUGACUACUUUGGGAAGAUUAGGAGAGUGGGCUUCUUGAUAUAUGUAUAUAGAUAUGAUAGGGCCGUCGGUGAAGAAGCCGUCGGUGAGAGUGUGAGGGAAGGGAAGGGAAGCAGAGCGCGCCGUGCCGCAGCAGAUAGAUAG